AUGUCAGAGACGGGCGUCGGGAUGGCCAGCCCUGAUCAUGAGCACUUUAUGAAGCUUAGAGAAGCCAAUGAAGCCUUUUACGGUUUCGUCGAGAUCAAAGACCUCGAAUUAGAUAUUGACGAGAAGAAAGUACGCCUAGAAAAACAGGAGGAUAUGGCAAAUAUGUAUCAUCAACGCUCCAGAGAAGCAAAGACAGAGUUGACCAAGCUUCAGCAGAAUAUGGAACGUAAUGCAUUUGUGUCCGUUUUGGUUGAUGGAGACUCGAUGAAUUUUUUGGACGAGUUUGUAGAAAAUGGUGAAUUAGGGGGUCAAGAUGCCGCUCGACGCCUAAUCCAACAUGUUUCGGAGUACGUACAGAAUGAAUUGGCUGAUCUUCGCCCUGACCUCCCUGUGGUUGUCCGUGUCUACGCAAAUUUGAAGGGAUUGAGGAGGACAUACCAGGAGGCUCAUAUACUGGACGAUGAAAAUGAGUUUGAGCUGUUUGUUCGUGGGUUCAACAUGGGCCACCCCCUAUGCGAUUUUGUGGACGCUGGUGCUGGCAAGGAAUGCUCGGACGAGAAGAUUCGAGAAACUUUCAAGUUGCACGCCGGCAAUGUCCAUUGCAAACACAUCGUGUUUGCCGGCUCCACAGAUAACGGGUAUGCCCGGCUACUCGGGCCCUACAGCAGUACUACAGACUUCUGCAAGCGUGUGACGAUGCUCGAAGGACCGCCGUUCGAGAAAGAGCUCGCACAGUUGAAGGACAAAUACCGUACUACCUCAUUCCCGACGGUUUUCCGUGACACGAAACUUCCUCCAAUUCGGCGAGUUUCAUUUUCCGCCACGCCAAUAUAUGAACCGAGUCCGACAAAAUCGCCACCAAGCUAUGCCUCUGCCGCAUCCUUUAGCAGUUCGCCCCCGGCGUAUAACGGGUCUCGCCCAUCCACGCCGGCACCAGUUGAGAAAACGCCGGGAUCACCGAGCGGCGCCAACGGACCAGCUUGGUUCAAUGGUAACGGUACCGUGUGCGGGGUGGCGGUUCUGAAAAAUAAACAUGGGCAGAGAGUCGACUCUCCAAUUAAACCCUCAUCAAGCAUUGUUCAAAGUCUUAAAUCGCGAAAGCUCUGCAACCCAUACCAUCUUCUGGGCACCUGUCACUUUCUUGCCUCCACGGUUUUGUCGACAGUGAACUGGUCUGGAAUCUCGCGCCCAAUAAGGCCCAAGAAGGGCGUGCGCUGGCCAAGGGAGCAGAAACUGCGCAACCUUAUGCGUAUCCACGUUGUGAUGUACCAAUGCCAGGCUCAAGGCAGGGUUGUUGGACAGACCAUCCCUGGCUGA